AAAAUAUAUUUUAAAAUAACUUCACUAAAAAUAAUAUAGAUAAUAAUAUUAAUAAUAAUAAUAAUAAUCAAUUUUAUCCAAAAUAUAAAACUCUUUUUUUUUCAUUCUAUGUAGUUAAAAAAUAUAACUUUUAUAUCAUUCAAACACAUUGCAUAAUACAAAUAAUAAAAACAAUAAUUUUAUUUAUAAUAAUAACAUUUUAUAUUUUGGGGUAAAUGCCAUAAUAUAAACAUUUAUAUUUAAUCAAUUCGUAUUAAUAACUAUUAAUUAUAAAAUCAUUGAUAAAUAAAAAUAAUAUUUUAUAAAACAUUAGAAAAAAGAGAAUAAUCAAGCUAGUAUUUAUAUAGGUUUUUUUUUUCAAGAAAUAUAAAUAUUAUCAAGUUAUUUUAAAAAUAAUUUAAUCGACUCAAGUUAGUAGUUUAAAGACUAUUGAUUAAUACAUAUACAUAAAAAGAUGAUGCACGCAUUGGGUGACCUUUUCAAACCCGAAGAAAAGGAAAUCACUAUGGAGAGAGACCACUGUAGCUCAGGUUGUUGUGUAAUUUGGACAUGGAAAGUUUUUGUUAGAAUAAUUUGUUUAUUAGCAGGUAUUUUACAAACGGCUAUGGGUGGUUGGGUAUUUUAUACAAUUGGUUCAACUAAAACAAAAACAGUAGAAAACUAUUUACAACUAUCAGUUAUUGGUUUUUACUGUUGUUUAACUGGUCUUAUGAUUGUAUUUGCAGAGUCAAGAACAAGAUGGACAAGAAGGGCUGUAAAAGUAUUUGUUUUCUUUUGUAAUGGUUUAGCAAGAGGUUUAAUUUAUAUUUUAGUUGGUGCAGUUGAUCAAGCCCCAUUAAAUGUUGAAGUAUUUGGAGUUGAAAAUGUACAUCGUUAUGUUGGUCUUGUUUGUAUUGCGGGUGGUUUAGUUUCAAUUGGUGAAUUCUUGAUGACAUUCAGAAGAAAUAGAGCAAGACUUAAUAAAGCAAUUGCAAGACACCAAGAAGAAACUAAAGGUACACAGUUAUAUGAUCUUUUUGAAAGAGAUGACCCAGUUCGUAUGGAUAACCCAUCAAUUAUGGAAAAAGAAAAAGAUCCAAAUUACAUUCACCAAGACUUGGAAAUGCAACAAGUUCAAGAAGCCUAAAGUAUAAUAUAGUAACAAUAAUAUAAUAAUAUAGUUUUUUUUUUAAUCAAAAAAAAAGA